AUGGAUGGAAGUGAUAUAUACAAGGCUACUCGUGGGUUGGAUGUUUUCAAUCAAUCAAAUCGACAUGAAGACGGUGAUGAAGAAGCUCUGAAAUGGGCUGUUCUUGAAAAGCUGCCAACUUUUGAUAGGUUGAAAAAAGGCCUGCUAUAUAGAUCUAGUGGACCACCUGACGAGAUUUUUAUUGAUAAUCUUGGAUUAGUAGACAGGAAGCAUUUGCUCGAUAGACUGGUGAAAGUAGCUGAAGAAGAUAAUGAAAAGUUUGUGUUGAAGCUCCGAAACAGAUUUGACACGGUGGGAAUUGAUUUGCCUACAAUUGAAGCUUUCUUGAAUAUAUUCCAUUUACUACCAAACAGGAAGAAGCAUAUCACUAUACUUGAAGAUCUAAGUGGAAUUAUAAAGCCUGGCAGGAUGACACUACUUUUAGGUCCUCCAAGUUCUGGAAAAACAACUUUGUUAUUAGCCUUGGCUGGGAAGCUUUCCAAGGAGCUUGCAUGGUCAGGAAGGGUGUCAUAUAAUGGACAUGAUAUGCAUGAGUUUGUGCCUCAGAGAACAUCUGCUUAUAUCAGUCAAAAUGAUCUUCAUAUUGGUGAAAUGACUGUUAGAGAAACCUUGGCUUUUUCUGCUAGAUGUCAAGGCGUUGGAUCACGUUAUGAAAUGUUGGCCGAGUUGUUAAGAAGAGAAAAAGAUGCAAAUAUUAAGCCCGAGACAGAUAUUGAUAUAUACAUGAAGGCAGCAGCAACAGAAGGUCAAGAGACAAGCGUGGUGACCGAUUAUGUUCUCAAGGUCUUGGGACUAGAUAUCUGUGCAGAUACCUUUGUUGGGGAUGAAAUGAUCAGAGGCAUAUCUGGUGGACAGAGAAAACGUGUCACUACAGGUGAAAUGAUAGUGGGCCCAUCAAAGGUUCUUCUUAUGGAUGAGAUAUCUACCGGUUUGGACACUUCUACAACUUUUCAUAUUGUGAAUUCUUUGAGGCAAUAUAUUCAGAUUUUUGAAGGAACGGCUGUUAUUUCACUCCUACAACCUGCACCCGAAACUUAUAAUCUAUUUGAUGACAUAAUAUUGCUCUCGGAUGCCAAGAUUGUGUAUCAGGGCCCACGUGAAAGAGUGCUAGAGUUUUUUGAAUCGAUGGGAUUUAAAUGUCCCGAAAGGAAAGGUGUCGCUGACUUCUUGCAAGAAGUAACAUCAAAGAAAGACCAGGAGCAAUAUUGGAUAGAGAGAAACAAACCUUAUAGGUUUAUCACAGCAAAAGAAUUUGCUGAGGCAUAUGAAUCCUUCCAUGAAGGAAGGAGAAUGGCAGAAGAGAUUUCAAUCCCAUAUGACAAAAACAAGAGCCAUCCUGCUGCAUUGACAACCAAAACAUAUGGAUUGAGCAAAAAGGAGCUCUUGAAAGCCUGCACUUCAAGAGAAUUUUUGCUUAUGAAGAGAAACUCAUUCGUAUACAUCUUCAAACUAUUUCAACUUCUUGUGACGUCCUUUCUGACAAUGACAGUCUUUUUCCGAACCAAAAUGCACAAAAGGUCAGUGGAAGAUGGAGGGAUAUACACGGGUGCACUCUUUUUUGGUGUAGUUAUGAUGUUGUUCAAUGGAUAUUCUGAGCUUUCCAUGGCCAUUGCAAAGCUUCCUGUCUUUUACAAGCAAAGGGAUUUCCUGUUUUACCCCUCAUGGGCUUACACACUUCCUUCAUGGAUCAUCAAGAUUCCCAUCACAUUUGUUGAAACUUUUCUUUGGACUCUUCUUACUUAUUAUGUAAUUGGAUUUGAUUCAAAUGUUGAAAGAUUUUUUAAACAGUAUUUACUACUCUUACUCGUCAGCCAGAUGGCAGAAGGAUUGUUCCGCUUUAUAGCUGCACUCGGUCGAAAUAUGAUUGUUGCAAGCACAUUUGGUGCAUUUGCACUCCUCAUACUAUUUGCCUUGGGUGGCUUUGUCCUAUCACGAGAUGAUAUCAAGAGUUGGUGGAUUUGA